CAGCACGACACGCCAUGACCUCCCGCGCUUUCUGUAUCCCUGGUAUCUUCUUCUUGUUCUGCGCCUUCGUGCUAGGAGUGCUUGUAUCUAUUUCCCUGCCCUCCCUGCCUGCGCUUGAUAUCGCACGUGUUCAUUUCAAUGGAUCUCCAGCACAAGGAGUUGGUGCGGAGAUGAGCCAGUUGAGGUUUGGCAUAUGGGCAUACUGCACAUAUGAUGCUUCCACUGGUCAAAGAGUGUGCAUUGACCAAGGCCACGGAUAUUCCUUGACCAUACAUACCCUCACAAACAAUGAAUCAGUCACAAUUGGCUCCUCCUGGACUCGUGGACUAGCAGUGCAUCCCGUCGCAACGGGUGUCACCUUCAUUGCCCUGUUACUCUCGUUCUCUAGCCAUGUCACUGUGACGCUCAUAUCAUCCCUCGUCUCUGGCCUGGCCACCUUCCUCACGUUGCUUGCUUUCGCUAUCGACAUCGCAUUGUAUGCGUAUGUCAAGCACAAAUUAGGCGGCCUCGACGGAGUUUCAGAGCGUACAAUCACAGGACCAGGAUUCUGGAUUACCUUCGCUACGUUCAUCUUGCUUCUCCUCGCCAGUUGCACAGUCUGUUUCGGACGACGGAGGGAGCGCAUGUCAGGCGCUACGUCCUACCCGAUCACUAACUCUGGCAAGAAGUCCUUCCUAUCGCGCUUCAGGAAGAAUUAAAGAUCUAGUUGCAUGACUGUUCUCUUACCUUGCAAAACCUCGCACUCCAUUCAUUUUUAACACGACCGCGAGGGUAUCUGAUACCGAUACAUAGGAUAAAAGUUUUUACUUUCGCUGACGAUAACCUGACUUACUUCCAAUUCUGCCACAUAUACCCGGCCCUUAUUGAUUUUUUUCGCCAUUCU